GGUGGUGCGUCAGUUAAGCCAGAGUCAACGUCACGCCAAUACGUUUUUGUAAGCCUUUAGUGAUGCACACGCAGCGUUUGAUGACACAAAAUUAAUGGCGGAGACUAUAUAGUUCUACAGAAGAGGGCUGUACACUUCCCCAGGGCAACUGACGCGAAGGAAAUAAAGGAUUUUCUUGCCUCGGUCCUUCCUGCUCAGCCUUUGUUUUGGGUUUUUUUUUUUUUUUCAACGCCAGCCUUGGUCGAAGCAGGUGACGUGCAGCGCCCCCUGUGGACGAAGUGGGAAACAAGUUCAGGAUAGGGAGCCGGACCAGUGGCCGAGCCUCUUGCCUUGCGUGCGACGUGGGUCCACCACGCUCAGCUGUCCGAUGCGGAGUGAGGAUGAGUCCCGCUCUGGAAGCCCUCAUGCAGGCGGACGGGACUCCCUAUUCGGGGAAAGGGGUCAUGCUUGAACCCUUCGUGCACCAGGUGGGGGGCCACUCCUGCGUGCUGCGAUUCGGGGAGCAGACCAUCUGCAAGCCGCUCAUUCCCCGCGAGCACCAGUUUUACAAGAGCCUCCCGGCCGAAAUGAGGAAAUUCACCCCUCAGUAUAAAGGUGUCGUUUCGGUCAGUUUUGAAGAGGACGAGGGAGGGAACCUGUGCCUCAUUGCUUACCCUCUUCAUAGCGAAUCGGGCGACCUGGAAAAUAAGGACCCCUCGUCGGACUGCGAGCCCAAGAACAAGAUGUUAAAGUGGAGCAACAAAAAGCAGUCCCCUUUGCACUUGGAGAACGACAACUUCAGCAAAGAGAGAGCCCGACAGAGCCGGAAAGACGACAAGAUCAUGAGCUACCGUGAUGAUGUGCAAGCGCAGCAGCAGGCAGAGGUCCUGUAUUUAAGCCUUGAGAAAGGCAACAUGGUGCCGCAGAUUAAACACAAUCCCUGGAGUCUCAAAUGUCAUCAGCAGCAUUUACAGAGGAUGAAGGACAAUGCGAAGCACCGGAACCAAUACAAGUUCAUCCUUUUGGAGAACCUAACGUGGCGUUACACAGUACCAUGUGUCUUGGACUUGAAGAUGGGCACCCGGCAACAUGGCGACGACGCUUCAGAGGAAAAGAAAGCCAAUCAGAUCCGCAAGUGUCAACAAAGCACAUCGGCUUCCAUAGGCGUUCGACUCUGUGGCAUGCAGGUGUAUCAGUCCGAUUCUGGUCAGCUCAUGUUCAUGAAUAAGUACCACGGCCGAAAGCUAACCUUCGCAGGCUUCAAGGAGGCCCUUUACCAGUUUUUCCACGACGGACGUCGUCUGCGGCGUGAGCUGCUCUCCCCGGUGCUACGACGUCUCCGCGAAAUGCAAGCUGCCCUGGAGUCCUGCGAAUCCUACCGAUUCUAUUCGAGCUCCCUGCUCAUCAUCUACGACGGAGAUCCUCCCAGAACGUCCUCUCGACCCAGACACCGCGGUGGAGAGGAGGGCGAUGAAGAUGAGUUGUCUGACGAGGAGGAAGAAGGGGCCUUCGGUUUCCCUCGUUCGUCCUCUGCAGGCUGCAGCGCUGGCGGAACCGGAGGGAGCGGCAACGGUAACGGCGGUCGCUCGGCCCACAGCACAGCGGAGUCCAGCAGUCCCACGGUGGACGUGCGCAUGAUUGACUUUGCGCACACGACUUGCCGCCACUACGGCGAGGACAGCGUCGUGCACGAGGGCCAGGACAGCGGGUUCAUCUUCGGGCUCCAGAAUUUGAUCACGAUCAUCUCCCAGCUGGAGGAUCACAGCACUGACUGAGGCUUACACCAGAGCCGCCAUGUUCUGAAUUUCAAGCCUGGGGAAUGAGCUCGAUGAGUCGACGACCCGCUUCUCCGAGGUGCGUCCGCGUUGGAGGUCUGAGCCUCCCCGCCUGCUUGGAGAGAACCUCGGACUCCUUGACGUCAGCAGGGAGAGUGCGCGCGGUGCGUCACGCGCUCUCCCUCACCUGCCAGAGGACAGGGCUGCCUGAGCCCUAAGUCGCACCUUUUCCUCAUUGAGACUUCUUUUUUUUUUCCGCGCAUAGCGGGAGGAACGAGACUGAGGUCUCGCAACAAGACACAGACUCGUAGCAUCCUAGGACACUCACCCCUGCGGUGCACAGGUUUCUUCAUUGUGCAUUCUCUCUGAGAGAGAUAUUGUGAGCUAGAUGGUCGAAAUGCAAGUUUACUGUAGUUUAAAAGAGUCUGACAUGGUGCUUUACCUGUGGCAUGAGUUUAUUUGGUGUUUUAGGGGAGUGCAAUUCUAAGUGCCAGUCCCUACGAGUAUAGCACAUAAUACUGGGGGAGGGACUUAAAAGGGCUGACCUUGGCUGGCUAGGUCAGCAGCCUUGUAGCAAUCAACAACGUAAGCUCCUGAUAAGGACAUUUUGUGUUUAUGUUGGUGUUUGUAAGAAAUGUGCUCUGUGUCUCCAAUCAGGCACUUUGGGGGGCUUUCAACACACGAUGGACAAGAUUAUUUAGGAACAGGAGAAGGGCUUUGCCUUUUUCCCACAGUUCCCUCUGUACUUGAUUUCCUGUAACAAAAGAUAUAAGAAAAGUGAUUUUUUUUUUCUUCCUUUUAUUACAAUGUGCAUUUUGUUGGACUUUCUCCUAUUCAUUCCUUAAAAGUGGACUUGAAGAGAAUUCACUGAUUUUAAAAUCACUAGCUACCAAGAGACUAUUUAUUUGAAAUGGUUGUUGAAAAUGGAAACCAAUCACAUUCCAAAUAACCACUCAAAUGUUUUCUUAUACUGAAUUUAUUUUGUUAUUUGUGAGCCGAUAAGCUCACUUGUGUACCUGUGUGUUAGCAAUGUCUUGGAAAAUAAAGACAUUCAUUUGUG